UUACGGCCGGCAGUGCAGAUAGAGUGAGAAAAGUCUCCCCUUCUUCUUCGUCCUGUCUUCCUCUCUCCCCCGAUGUCUUCCGCAGGAACUCCAACCGGCGCCGCUGCCACAGCUCGCCCUCCUCCCGCCUCCGUACCAAAGGCUUUCUUCUGCUACCAAUGCAAUCGCACGGUCACCAUAUCCGUCUCUCCGACCUCCGAUCCCCUAUGCCCUUCCUGCAACGAAGGUUUCUUAGAGGAGGCUGAAAACCCUAACCCCGGUCCAAAUCUCUCCUCCGCCGCAGCAGCCGACCCCUUCGGCGAUGCCUUCUUCCCUCCCAUGAGCCCCUUCUCCCUUCUCCCUCUACUCUUCUCCUCCUCCUCCGCCCACGGUGGCUCCGCGACCUUCGAAUUCCAAAACCCUAACAGCUUCGGCGCCCAGCGAUCGCCCUCCGAUCAGGCCGAGUUCAACCCCCACGAUUUCCUCCGCAACUACCUCAACAACCUCCACAACGACGGCGCCAGAAUUCAGUUCUUCAUGGACAACAAUCCUCCCGCUGGCAACCUCGGCGAUUACUUCAUCGGCCCGGGACUCGAGCAAUUGAUCCAGCAGCUGGCAGAGAACGACCCCAACCGCUACGGAACUCCUCCUGCUGCGAAAUCAGCAAUCGACGCCCUCCCUACCGUCAAGAUCACCGGCGAGGCCCAGAGUUCUGAGAUGAAUCAAUGUGCUGUAUGCAAGGAUGAGUUCGAGACGGGUGAUGAGGCGAAACAGAUGCCUUGUAAGCAUGUCUAUCAUCCUGAUUGCAUUGUCCCCUGGCUUGAAUUGCACAAUUCAUGCCCAGUUUGCCGCUACGAGUUGCCCACGGAUGAUUCCGAGUACGAGACCAGGAGGCGCAACGGUGACCAAGGGGGCAACAACCAGAGCCCCGAUGCUGGAGGUCGGACGGAGAGAAGGUUUAGCAUUCAGUUGCCGUGGCCGUUCGGCAGACAAGGUGGUUCCAGCAGCGAUGGGGGAGCUGGUGGCGGCCAAAGUAGUGCCUGAUUUCCAAUUGGGUUAGUUGUUUAUUUUCCUGUUAUCUUUUUUUUCAUUCAUUGUCUAAAGAUUGACCAUAGCAAUAUAGCGAUUCCUCUGUAUAGUUUGAAUCUUUGGGAGUUUUAUUCUUAAUUGUUGAGCUGAAUCAAUUACCUUAAGCCUGUUCAUAUUGAUAUUCGUUACUUAAUGAGGUCCCGGAAUAUGAUUUGAGGAGAAGCAUCAGCUUUAAAAUUGAGGGUAUAAUGUGCUUAACGUAUGUUGCUCUUCAAUAGAUGGUUCAUUGUACUCGAGUGUUCUGAAGAUUUUCCAUACUAAGUUGCAAAAUUGAGAUGCUUUGGAAUUUUUUGCUAUGCCCACCCUCUCGUUAAGGCAAGAAUACAUGUUUACUCAGGAACCCAACUAUUAUAACUUUUCUGUCAACUUCUGGGUAGAUGUUACUCUUUCAUAUGCAAGUCUUAGAUGUUGUUGAGGUGCCCCGAUUUCGUUAUUCUAUGCCUAGCUUGGCCCAUAUGUAUGUUUCUCGAUGACUUUUUGCUUAAUGAAUAUUAAGAAUGCUGGUUGAUGUAAGUUGAGCAAAGUGGAAUUUGUGGAGACAUUACCUGGUGACUUUCCAAGCUCUUACUUAUAGAUAGUUACAGUGGCAUUCUAUUGGGAGUAUGAUGUAGCACAGGUAGGUUGCUUAUGUUGUUUGGAGUGCUCGUAUGAUUAGGUUUUUUAUAUACUUUCGUAUUUUAUACUUCCCUUGACCAGACAUUGGGAUUAGUAGUGGCCAUUUGUUUCAAAUUCUAGGUUUUGAGUAAGUGCAUGUUGCAGCUGUGCUCCCUUUUCCUGAGAUUUCUGGACUGUGUGUGUGUGUCCAUUCUGAUCUACUCUUCGUGAUAUCCCUUUCCACAUGCAUUAGACAGUACUUUAUGGUAGCGGUACAUGGUCAUUAUUUUGUCUCUCCAAAUGGGAUAUUCUGUGAGUCAUGGAAGUCGGAUGGGGGUUUCUUGUUCUUUGUCGGGAGGAGAGGGGAUUUCCGUUUUCAGUCAGCACUUGCCUAGGAAGUACACAAACGCAAGCUGUGUGUAUCUUUAGCCUGAUGGUGCAGAAUUUCCGUCUGAAGUAGCAGGAAGAAUACAUUGUGUCAUUUAAUGUCAGCGAAUGCAACUCCAGUGAAGAGGAUAGGGUUUAAGUGUCUGAGAUCAGACUUGUUGUUCUUAGGUUUGUUAUACUUUCCUGGCCAUUUAAUUUGGAGCAAUUGAUCAAAAUGGUCCCACAAGUUUGAUCAAGUAACAAAAUGGGCACAAACGUUGAAACGUAACCUUACGCAAGUAUUAUUAUGUUAUAACAAAACAGCUAUUCCAUGUAUUUUCAUUUAUAUUUCCAUCCAAAAUGACCAGUUUGCUUAAAUAAUCGGUAAUUUUACAUGUUGGUUAGGUGGUUGAUAAUUUGUUAUCAAUUUUCCAUGGUGUCAUCAAAAUAUUCGAUUAUUAUGGAUGAAAACAUGUUUAAAAAUAGAUAAAAUGACUGUUUUGUUGUAUCAUGAUACGUAUAUGAUAUUUUUGUUACGUUUUAAAUGUUUGUGACCAUUAUAUUACUGGUACAAACCUAUUUGACAGUUUUGAUUAAUUACCUAUUUAAUUUGUUUUGUCUACCAAACUCCUUUUUCAGGUUAAUGGAGAAUGCUCCUGAGUCCUGAGCAGCAACACAGAGCAGAUGAAGGCAUGAAGAACAGCUAGAGCUGCUGAAUGAAGAACACGAAGACCACUAUGAUGCUUUGAGAAACGACAACAUUCUGCUUUAGUUCUGGAAUUAGUAGAAGACCCAGAACGGUGACGUUUCCUUUGGUCGAGUGCAAUUAGUUAGUAAAUAGACAGAUGUCGUUUUGUUAGUGGAUAGUUUGAUUUGUUAGUUAAUAAGCAUUGUAGGUUAACCGUUAACUCUGUUUCCUCUGUACAUAUAUAUAUGGGCAAUCCAGAAAAUGAAAGAACUCAGUUUUU